AUGAAUGGCGAUCCGGGUAUCCUCUGCUUCCGUCACUGCUCGGCGAGGAGCGCGUUCUGCAGGCGCGUCCCGGCGACGUGCCCGGUGUGCUCGUCGCAAAUGCGGAGCUUCGCCGUGGACCCGUUUCGCGUUCCCUAUCCGUUCGCGACCGCCGCCCACCGGCCGACCAGCGUCGUUAUUCGGCCCGCGCGGGGCAGCUUCCUCGACGAUUACGACGCGACGCGCGACGAUCUGCACGUCGGGAUAGUCGACUCCGCCGGCGGCGUUGUCGAGUUCGACAGAGGGGGACUGAUGGCGAACGACGUCGCCCGGUGGACCGUUUGCAUCGCCCUGGAGGUCGUGCCGGCGGCCUGGGCCGCGCGCUGGGACGAAACGCUGUCGCUCAUGUCGAGGGAUCCCAAGUGGGAAUCCGUUAAUUACGACGCCGUCGGUAUGAACUGCUUCAACUUCGUUCUGGAGUUUUUCAAUAAUCUGGGACACGCGGAUCUGAGAUUCGCGAGCAAGGAGGACCUGUGCGAGCGACUGAUACUGUCGAAAAUGCAAAAUGCGAUGCGAUAUGUUUCGUUGUACAGAGCCUUGAAGGAUCAGGAAUAUCUCCUGUCGGAUCAUCACGUCUGAUAUAUUUUCAUCUGUCAUUUUAUAUUCACAUUUCUUGUAAUUUACGUAAUAAAAGCAUACUUGCGUACGUCUGUCUUCCCGUUAACUACCACGCGAAUUCCUUUUUCGUUGAAAAAAAAAACACAAGAUCACGAAAAGAAAAUCACGAUAUUACAGCACGAGAAAAGACUAGGAUAAAUUUUUUUUUAACUGAAAAAGUCAGGUGUUUAGACAUAUUGGUGAUAUGCACGUAGAUAUUAGCUUACAGAGAGAUAGACAUUAAUUAUUAAGUAUUUUAUAAAACUAGUGUAACUGUAAGCGAAUGCUAUAUAUUGAUAUUUGAUUUCAUUGUCUUGCAUUAUCUUCUCUCUGGUGUUCAAAAACGAUUGAAUAAUCU